UUUAAGAAGCAUAAGAACCAAAAUAGCAAGAAAAAGAGAGAGCUUCAGAAAAUAAAAAUAUUUUCUAGCCAUGGCGUCGCGGGAAAAAGCCAAAGCCACUCACUUGCACAUUUAGUAGGAAAAAAAGAAAAGAAAAAGAAAUAAUAUCUGUAUGAUUCCGUCAGGAGGAGGAAGUAGCCAAAGAGUGCCAGAAAAAGAAAGAAAAGAAAAGAAAAGGAAAGAGUACAAAUAAAAUAGGAAAUUAAUUAUUUUUAGAACAAAUUAUAGUGUGGUGGCAAGAAAAGAUUCUUUUAAGAAAAAAAAGUCAAACCAGUACAAGUGUUGAAUUAUUACUAGAAAAUCCACUCUGGGUAUGUCAUUAGUGGCUUUCCUUUAACAUCCUCGAUCUUUCUAAAAACCCAUCUUUAUAAUCUUUCCCUUACUACCUUUUCUUGAAUUGGUUUGUAUUUGGGUAUUUCUAAUUGUUUUGUAAGAUCAGUCUUCCAUUUCUCCUUGUUUCCUUAAUCAUAAGAAGACACCUCCAUGGACCUUAUCAGUCAGUGGCAGAGAAGUAUUGCUGAUUUCACAGCUUCUUUAUAUCGAGAGGGAUAUGUGGAUGAUCAGUUUACUCAGCUGCAGAAGCUGCAAGAUGAGAGCAGUCCUGAUUUUGUGAUGGAGGUUGCUUCUCUUUUCUUUGAAGAUUGUGAGAAGCUUGUUAACAAUAUGGCCAGAGCUCUAGAACCACGGGCUGUGGAUUUUAAACAGGUAGAUUCUCAUGUUCAUCAAUUGAAGGGCAGUAGUUCCAGCAUGGGUGCUGCAAGAAUUAAAAAUGUGUGCAUCGCCUUCAGAACUUAUUGCGAGUCUCAAGACCGUGAAGGGUGUUUGAGAUGCCUCCAACAAGUGAACCAAGAGUAUGCUCAAUUGAAGAUCAAGCUCCAAACUUUAUUUCGCCUGGAGCAACAGAUUAUUGCGGCAGGUGGAGCAAUUCCUCUGAUUCAAUAAGUAAUGUGACAUAAACAGAGAGAUCGAAAGACUGGUGUUAGUGAGACUCCUUUUAUAGCUGCAGUUCUAGGUUUGAGCCUACUUUAACAUCCUGAAAGCUUGUAUGUCGGUGGAGCAACAAUGUGAAUAAGCAUUUCUGUAUCAUGCUUCUGCAAAACUUUUAAGUUAAUCUUGUUUGCCUUUUCAAUUACCAAAAUACAUUACCUGAAUAGGAUGCCCUGUAUUUCUAGUUUAUGCUUCCUAUUUGUCUCCAGGGUCAUUCCCCCUUUAAUACAAAUCUAUAUGUAAAAUUUAGUAAAUGGGCAUGAUAGAUGAAUUGUACACAGCUGAUAUUUGAAUGGUGCAAUUGAUGUAGUAUCUGUUUUACUAA